UACUAUCAGUUGAUUUGAAUAGCAAAUGAUUGACACAAACAGUGAAAACUCAGUGAAGAAAACAUUACAAGACAUGUAAAUCACAAGAGUUUUUUGUGAAGUAGUGGUUCAGUGACAACAACAACAACAGCUGCUGCUGAAGACACUGACAGUCAAUAUGGACAUCGAAAGCGGGCGACCACUGUUGGGUACAAACCGGAUAUCACCGGCAUAUCUCCGACGGAAGUGGAAGUCAAUACCACGGAUGGCCAGACUUUAUCUACUGAUAGUCCUAAUUGUGACCGUCUUUUUGAUUGUUGUCCUCUAUUUGCCAAAAAUGAAUGAACCGUUAGUUGAAACCUACGAUUAUAAGAGUCCUUAUAAUAACAGCCCACUAAAAGUUACCACAAGAGUUGAUGACAUCAAUUAUAAUAAUGAUAAUAAUAAUAAUAAUCAGAAACCAAACAAUCAGAUAAAUAAACCAUUUAUUAAUAAUAAACCCAAUAUUGAUGAUCAAGAUAAUGAUAAUAAUGAUAAUAAUGAUAAAAUUAAAGACAAUAUCAACAAUAAUGAUAAUGAUUUCAGAAACGAUCAAACAUUGGCCACAAUUGAUGGCUUAUCUCUGAAUGUAUUAAAGAAAUCGGCGCAAAGGUAUGAGACAAUGGAACAGAAGGCCAUUGUGGACGCACUGAAGCACUCGUGGGAGGCCUACAGGGAGUACGCGUGGGGGGCCGACCACCUCAAACCUAUCACCAAAUCCAAGCACAACUGGUUCAGUGUCGGUCUAACCAUUUUGGACUCAUUGGACACAUUAAUUAUGAUGGGUCUCGAGGAUGAGUUUACUGACGCAUUGAAUUGGAUCAAAACUGAUCUACGAUUUGAUAUCUAUAAAGAUGUCAAUUGUUUUGAAAUGACUAUUAGAGCUUUAGGCGGACUUUUGUCAGCUUAUCAUUUAACUCACGAACCAAUUAUUCUGAUCAGAGCCGCUGAUUUGGGCGAUCGUUUGAUCCAUUGUUUCGAUACACCACAACAUUUGGUACCAUUCAGUGACGUGAAUUUGCAGACAAAAAGUGCAAAAACACCGAACUGGUCACCCGAUUCAUCCCUUUCCGAAGUUUCAACUGUUCAGUUAGAGUUCAGGGAUUUAACUUAUUUGACUGGUAUUAAAAAAUAUGAGAAAUUAUCAUUUCGUACGUCAGAACAUCUCCAUAACCUAACUGUAAAAACUGGCAAAUAUUUGCUUCCAAUGUAUAUAAAUCCAUAUACAGGCCAGUUGACGAAAGGUACGAUAACAUUGGGCGCUCGGGGCGAUUCAUAUUAUGAAUACCUAUUGAAACAAUAUCUACAAACCGGUAUUCAAUGGCUUAAAGAUGAUUACAUAAAAUCAGUGGACGAGAUUGAAAAACGUUUGGUUCGCGAGACUAAAGGACCGCUUAAAUUGACAUUUAUCGGUGAAAUACUUCGAGCUUCCUAUAGUGAUGUCCAUCCAAAAAUGGAUCACUUGGUCUGCUUCCUAUCGGGUACUUUAGCUAUAGGUUAUUAUCACGAAGUAAUGAAAUCGCCACAGUUUCGCGGCCACUCUGUCGACACAGACUCGCCAUUUAAUGAACAUUUAGUAUUAGCCGAAAAAUUGGCCCGAACCUGCCAUUAUAUGUAUAACUUAACAGCUACUGGACUGUCACCAGAAAUAGCUUAUUUCGAUACGACCGGCAAUGAGGAAGAACUGCAGAUAAGACCGGCUGAUGCGCACAAUCUGUUGCGUCCAGAGUUUGUCGAGUCUUUGUUUUAUUUAUAUCACAUAACUGGCAAACAAAUAUACAGGACAUGGGGUUGGCAGAUAUUCAAAGCAUUUGAAAAGUAUACAAAAGUCAGUUCCGGUGGCUUUACCUCAAUAGACGACGUAAGAAAUCCCGAUAAUGUCAGACCAAAAGAUAUGAUGGAAUCGUUUUGGUUCGCAGAGACUCUUAAAUAUCUUUAUCUAUUGUUUUGCGACGACAAACAUGUGGUGAACCAACUUCUCGACAAAUAUGUAUUCAAUACUGAGGGACAUAUAGUGCCGAUAAGGACUUAAAAAGCAUUGUUUUAAGUUAUCGUUAAUUGUGAUGAGAUUUUUUUUUAAAUGCAAUAUUUGAAGAAAUUUU